AUGAGUCUGAUUGCUUCAGUUAAAGGUACUGUUUCGUUCAGCCAAGGGCCGGAACCAAAGAACUUGAUCCAGCGUGAAAGAGAUGCCGCAACAUUCGACUUGAAUGAAAUGAACUACUUUUUAGAAGGUUCGAAAGAGCGUGCAAUGGAAACCCGCCUUUUCAUAUCUCAGUUCGAAAGAGACCCAGUCAUGGCUGCAAGUCCUAAAGAUUAUGAUGCCACUAAGGCUGAACAUCGGGCUAUCACUAUUCAGAAAAUCGACCGUCUCUCCCGCUACAUUGAGGUGGAAACUUUCGAUCGUCUUGAAAGACGGUUGUCCAUUGUAUCUGUGUUUGACCCUUCUUUCCACACAAGACUAGGGGUCCACUUGGGGUUGUUUCUCGGUUGUAUUAGAGGAAACGGUACAGCCGACCAAAUGCAAUACUGGUUAUUGAAGAAGGAAGCGGCAUAUGUGAAGAACUUGUAUGGAUGUUUUGGAAUGACUGAGUUGGCACACGGCUCAAAUGUUGCUGGUUUGGAGACCACUGCAACUUUCAACGAAGAGGAUGAUGAAUUCAUUAUCAACACUCCGCAUUUAGGUGCUACAAAGUGGUGGAUAGGCGGUGCUGCGCAUUCAGCCACACACUGCUGUGUUUAUGCUCGGUUGAUUGUCAAAGGAAAGGACUAUGGCGUCAAAACAUUUGUUGUUCCUUUAAGAGAUGCAGAUCAUAAUUUGAUGCCUGGAAUAACUAUUGGUGACAUUGGCGCCAAAAUGGGUAGAGACGGAAUUGACAAUGGAUGGAUCCAGUUCUCCAACGUCAAAAUCCCUCGUUUCUUCAUGUUGCAGAAAUACUGUAAAGUAUCCUCUGAUGGAGAAGUUACUGAGCCUCCUCUUAACCAAUUGUCUUACUCUGCUUUGUUGCUUGGUAGAGUCAUCAUGGUCAAAGAUGCUUUCAGAUGGUCUGCCCGUAUGGUGACCAUUGCACUCAGAUAUGCUGUUGGACGUACCCAGUUCAAAGCUGCUUUGGCGAAAGAAUCGGACCCGGAGUCCCAGUUAUUGAAUUACCCAUUGCAUCAACGCCGUUUGAUUCCAUUGUUGGCAUUAACGUAUGCUUUUUCCAACGGAGCCAAUGUUUUGCAGGAAACAUCGACUGCCACAAUGGAUGAAUUGGACGACGCUGUGUCUUCAGAAGAUAAACAAGCUUUAGAUGCAUCAGUCGAAAAGAUGAAAUCUCUCUUUAUUGCUUCGGGCUCUUUAAAGUCAACGUGUACUUGGUUGACUUUGAACACUAUUGACCAAUGCAGACAAGCCUGUGGUGGACAUGGUUACUCGGCUUAUUCCGGAUUUGGUAAAGCAUUCAACGACUUUGCAGUUCAAUGUACUUGGGAAGGAGACAACAACAUCCUAGGUAUGUCUGUGGGAAAGCAAUUGAUCAAGAAAUUUGCUGCUGUUAAGAAGGGAGAAAAGGCAACUGGAAUUUUGGAUUUUUUGGGAGGCUAUGAAAAAUUGGCAGGUACGAACCCUGUUUUGGAAGCCAAGGACUUGAAGGAACCAAAGAAAAUUUUGUUUGCGAUAGAAGUGGCUCUAGUAAGGGCAUGCAUCCGUGCUGACCAGAUUUUGGAAUCCAAGAAUGGAGAUACGGAUUUUAUUGGUGCCGAGCUUGUAACAUUGUCGAAGUUAUUGGCACAUUUCUUCCUAUUGAAAGCAUUCCUUGACAAGAUCGAAGCUACUAAAGACCAGCCAAAUUUGGUUGCAGUGUUGGAUCUUUUGGCUCAGUUAUACGGUGCUACUGUUAUUUUGGAAGGCUUUUCGGGUACUUUCCUUACCUUCUCUGUCACUACAACUGAGGCCAUCGCUCAUAAUUCGACUGAACAUAUUGCUGAAUUGUGUUCCAAGAUCAGGCCGCAUGUUAUACCUUUGACUGAUUCCUUCAUGAUGUCUGACAUGAUGAUCAACGCACCAAUUGGAUAUUAUGAUGGUAACAUCUACGAAAACUACAUGCGGACAGUACAAGAAAACAACCCUGCAAAGAACCACAAGGCGCCCUAUAGUGCUGCAUUGGAAGCAAUGUUGAACAGAUCAAGCUUGGCAGAAAGACAACGUUUUGAACGUGAGGAAGAGGCUGAAGAAAUUUUAUCCAAUUAG